AUGGCUUCACCAAGCUCCCAUGCCCCCCGCCGCUCGGGGGCAUCCCCAUCCUCAUCUGCUGCCCCAGGCUCAGAGCAGAUCAUUGGCAAGUUCAAGCGCCUGCACCACAUUGGCAAGGGCAGCUUCGCCGAAGUCUACCGUGGAAUUCACAUUGAAAAGCGCCAAUCGGUCGCCAUCAAGUCGGUCAACAUGAACAAGCUCAACAAGAAGCUCAAGGACAACCUUGUCUCCGAAAUCACCAUCCUCCGCAGCCUCCACCACCCCCACAUAGUAUCGCUCAUUGACUGUCAAGAAGCGCCCUCGCGCAUGCACAUCAUCAUGGAGUUCUGCGAGCUUGGAGACCUGUCGGCCUUCAUCAAGAAGCGCACCGAUCUGGUCAACCACCCCCAGACGCAGCGCAUGAUAGAAAAGUACCCCAAUCCCGCUGUCGGGGGUCUGAAUGAGGUGGUCGUCCGACACUUUGCCAAGCAGAUGGCGAGUGCCCUGGAGUUUUUAAGGUCCAAGAAUUACAUUCAUCGUGAUUUAAAACCACAGAACCUGCUUUUGAAUCCCUCCUCCAUGUUCUACUCGCAAAGCGGAACUCUCGAACGAAUGCCUCUCGCCGCUAGCGCGAACUCUCUGAUACCUGCCACUGGAAUCGCCUCUCUGCCAAUGCUCAAGAUUGCUGAUUUCGGCUUUGCUAGGAUUCUGCCGACAACAUCGCUGGCGGAAACGCUAUGUGGCUCUCCGCUCUACAUGGCUCCCGAGAUUCUGCGAUAUGAAAAGUACGACGCAAAAGCUGAUCUGUGGUCUGUAGGUACCGUGCUGUUUGAGAUGAUGUGCGCUCGUCCUCCUUUCAGGGCCAACAACCACGUCGAGCUGCUGCGCAAGAUUGAAGAACGCAAGGACCAGGUUCGGUUCCCAGAAGGCCUUGUUUGCACCCGCGCUAUGAAGAACCUGAUUCGCGCCUUGCUCAAGCGGAAGCCAACCGAACGCAUGUCUUAUGAAUCCUUCUUUGCAGACACUGUCAUUCGCGACGAGAUCCCCGGAAUGGUGGACGAGGAUUUGCCUGGAUCCAUGCAGGCUUCUGAACGCCUCCAAACCUCUGCGUUGGAGCCGCUUAUUGAGCAACCUAGACAAGCUCAGAAAGCGCCUGCCGAGAUGGAUCGCCCAGCCUCGGAUAGCCCGUAUGGUUCAUUGCCCAGGAACAGGCCUUCUUCGCGGCCAAGCUCUAGACCAGUUUCUGGAAACUACUCAAACACCCCGCCGAUACCGGCUUCUGCCCGAAGGCCCAGCAUUACGCCAGUCGAUCCUAGUGAGGAGCGCGCAUCUUACCGCGACCAUCGACGCCCACCUCUUGGCAAUGCUGCAACGGCACCAGCACGCACCACAACCCUGCAAGACCAGGGUGCCGCACUUAGUCACAGACGUAGAUACUCUCGCGAUGAACCAACACCGCCACCUGUCGGUUUGAAAGAGCAUCUUGACCGUGAGCGUAUUCCGCAAAGAGCUGAAGUCCUACGAGAGGCGGCUGAGCGAGCUGCACAGGACAACGCUUUAGACGAGGGUUUUGUGUUUGUGGAGAAGCGUCGUGUAGAGAUUGACGCUCUCGCAGACGAAAUUGCCAACAGCCCACAAACACAGCAAGAUCGACCAAUGUAUAGGGAUACCCCAAUCAAACGACGGUCGACAACACAAGGCUCUCCCACAUCGACUACUGGCGCAGUGCCUUCAAAAGCUAUCCAGAUCCAGCAAAAACCCACAAUCACACAUCAACGCACUGGCUCAUACAGUCGACGACAAUACCGGCCCAGCUUUGAAACAGCAACUUCUGCUCUAUCCAAGGCCAUGAACAUGGUCAACAUCCGAGGACUUGGCCUUUCACCACCCAUCAUGAAAGGCGUGUCGCCGCCGCCCCAGGGAUACUCGGCAUUCCCAGCAUACCCCACCGCGCAAAGCAGUAUACUACUUGUUGGUGAUGGGGGCAAGAUGGUCAGCAAAGAUGAGGACUCACUCACAGUUCGAAGGAUCGAGGAUCUGGCACAACUCAGCCACGUUGUUUAUGGUUUUGCCGAAGUCAAGUACAGUCAACUAGUCCCUGUUGCACCAAGUGACCCAGCCUUGGGUGACGGGUCCACAGGUGUUGCUCGCAAGCCAAGCAACGAUGUCAUCGAAUACGACGAAGACGAUGAAGAUCUGACGCCUGACACUAUUCUCCUCAUCUCGGAGGAAGCCCUGGUCUUGUUCGUUAAGACACUCGCGAUGCUAAACAAGGCCAUGGAUCUCACCGGAAGCUACUGGAAUCGGACUCGUCGCCAUAGCGGGCUUGAAGGAACUAGUCGUACAAACGCCAAGCUCGGCCAGGUCGUUUCUUGGAUGCGAGAUCGCUUCAACGAGUGCUGUGUCAAAUCAGAAAUUGUUGCUCGCAAGCUUAAGCAAGCACAGCAGCAAUUGCCACCUGACCACCCCAGCCAUCCUCAGAACCAGUCCGCAGCGUCAGGCUCAGCUACUGCCGUGGGUUCUGCUGAGAAUAUCCUGCUUACCACUGGGGUUACUGCCGAAAAGCUACUGUACGACCGUUCUCUUGAGAUGAGCCGUCAAGCAGCCAUCGACGAGCUCACAGGUCAUAACCUGGCCGAUUGCGACAUCAACUAUUGGACUGCGAUCACUAUGCUUCAAGCCGUCCUCGAGGAGGAAGAAGACGUACCAGGUCACAAAUCCGACGCAGAGGAAAUCAAUGGUCUCGACGGUGAAGACCGAAGGUCAAUACAAAAGCUUCUCGAACAAAUGAAGAGCCGCCAAAAGGCGCUCAAAAAGAAGCUCGAUGCUCUCAAAACCCAAAAACGUUCUUCAAUCACCGGUGCUCCUUCGCCUCACCCUGUCGGCCGCAACUCGCCUUCACCAGCGGCGGCAAAGUAA